CACACCGAGUGACUUGGCCAAACCCGAUUGACCUGUCGCGCAUCGUGCAGAGUUUGGCAACUGUUUACGUGACUGGCCAAUGAGUCUGACACUGGUUUUGGGCGCACACUGUUGCAACGUCGCUGUUUACAGCCAAUGUAAACGCACUGAAGCUUUCAUUCACACUGCAAAUUCCAUACAUUUCCAGGUUCACGAGUCUGCCUCAAAUCAUCUAAGUAGCAUAUAAAGCAUCAAAUAUUGUGUUUUACAUCAAUAUUUCAGUUUCUCUCACAGAUUUAGCAGUUUGUAUAUUUGGUAAGAUGCCAAGUAUUACUUUGCUCAGUUUAGCUUAGCACACAACAGAACUGACUGGGAGGUUACUAUAUCACACACAACUCACAGUCAGGGUUUAAUGCAAAAUACGGUGCAACAUAAAUGUAAGAUGACAGUUAAUUAAGACAUCAAUUCAACAAACUGCGUAACAUAAACACACUUGAUAAUAAUGAACGUCCUCAUUAUAGCAAAAAUCAAUCUGUUUUUAUUUACGUUUUACACAACGGCCCAAUUUAAUUGGAAUUAAGGUUUGUAAACGAAACUAAUCUACGGUCCGUGUCUUUGUAAUGUUUUGUUGUUGUUGUUGUUAAUUUUAUAGCACCUUAAUCUUGUACGCAAAGAGUGGAAAUGGUAUAGGGACAGGAAGACAAAAAAUAUGUUCCUGUUUGGCAACUAGCAAGUGGCGCCCUUAAAACAAAAAUAAAGAAGCAAAUGGACAAUUGGCAACCAGUAGGGAUGAAAUCACAUGCAUAAUAUUUGGAAUUGACAUAAUUUUUUUUUAGAUCAUUUUUUCCAGUAUUCCAGCUGAGUCAUGUCUCUGUGGGAGGCGAGAAGCAAGGAGAGAAAGAGAGAGAGAGGAAGGGAAGAGAGAAAAGGGGGAUUUUUUUAAUGCUUCUUUCAGGAGUUGGGAGGUUGGAAAUGGGACCGGUCGCCAGGUUGCUCGCUCUGCUGUGUUUGUGCUCGCUGGGCUGCUGUGUUCCGGCCAGGACACCGCAACCAACGCAGGUGUCUCUUGCAGAUGUGAAAAAGUCUCGAGGAGAUGUUCCCGACGUUCUUCCAACAUCGGAAGUGGACCCCACCAACCCAGCAUCAGACUUUGAAAUCUCCUACAACUAUGUUUUGUCCAGACUGGCCGGGAUGGACCAGGCCAUGCACAGGCUCAACGUGGGCCACUAUACGCUGGAUGUCGGUGUGGACCAGCUAAUGGAGCGCCUGUCCAGGAUGGAUGACAAGAUGGCGGAGCUGGAGGACAAAAUCCGGGAAGUCUACCAGCACAGCAAAAACAACCGCAAAGAGACAGGAAGACUGGAAGGUUGCCAGAAGGGCCUUCGGGUGGGCUACAAAUGCUACCUGGUGUACCACAGCUACGAGGACUACGCAGGCGCGUCCAAGAAAUGCAUGGAGCGGGGGGGCCGCAUGGCUAUGCCGCGUGACCGCCGCGAGCAGGAGGCGCUGGCCGACUACGUCAAGUCCUUAUUUCGGCCGGGCAACCGGCCCGUGUGGCUAGGCGUUAAUGACCUGGCAGCCGAGGGUGUGUACAUCUUUGACGACGGCACGCCCGUCUCCUACUUCCAGUGGCGCAGGCACUUUCUGUCCGGCCAGCCGGACGGUGGCAAGCACGAGAACUGCGUGGCCAUGGCGUCAGAUGACGGCGACUGGUGGGACCAUUACUGCGACAGGGCCAUGGACUACAUGUGCGAGUUUGAUGACAGGGUGGCUCUUUAAAUGAACUCCUUGACCUCAAUUUUAACCAUAAACUGCAUACAAACUGUACAUCACCAAAGCGACAACUCCAUGGGCCUUGGCCGACAACCAUGGCGGCACACACAAUUAAGCACGCUUAAAACCAACAUUGGUCUUUUUUUAAUGUUAGCUGGCUAGCUGUAGUUCAGUAGCAAGCAAUAAGUAGCUGGCUAACUGAGGUCAACUAACGGUAGUUAAGUGGCUAACAAAGCCUAGCUGGCUAACUGAGGUCAACUAACUGAAGUGGCAAACAAUAUGUAGCUGGCUAACUGUAGUUAAGUGGCGAACAAUACCUAGCUGGCUAACUGUAGUUAAGUGGAUAACAAUACCUUGCUGGCUAGCUCAUAGUUUUAUUUAGCUUCUUUAUACGGAUGUUUAUUAUUUAUAGCAUUAUUUGUAGCACCGUGGGCCCUUGAGUACCAUAAUUUCAAUCUUCUGUAUGUGCUAUGCAUAUUGGAGAAUUGUCAAUAAAAAAGUACCUUGUAUCUUGUAACUGUCGUUAAGUGGAUAACGAUACCUUGCUUGGCCAACUGUAGUUAAGUUAAGAAUCACGUUCAUUCUCUGGAUCUCUUAUAAACGCCGCAAAUGAUACACAGAAAAAUAUUUCCAUUUUUCCCAGAAUUGGGACAGCGACUUGAUAAAUGAAAUAUUUUGAGAUUAGAACUUAAAUCAGAUACGUCCUUUUGUGUGACAUAUUUUUCUCCCACAGAAAUAUUUUACAUGGAGUUGCAUGUAAAUACUUAAUUUUAUAUUCAUAUUACUGGUUAACAUCAUAUAGGGAAAAAACAUUUGAGCAAUUGCAUCUGCAGUCUUUGUGUUUUCUUCUGAAUGACACAAUCCU